AUGACGGAUCCCACACCCAGCAUCACCUCUAAGUCCACCUCCGAUGAUCCCGAAGAUGAUACCUGGUCUGGAUUGAGUGAUCCAGCUGAACGUCGGCGGCGUCAGAAUCGUAUCAACCAGAGGGCUUACCGCAAACGCAAGCGCAUUCAAUCGUCCAAGGAUGUUCAUCCCAAGAGUUUGAUACUGUCACCACGUUCGGUCUCUACCGUCACCGUCAAAGCGGAAGACACUACGCAAAUUGAUCCCCCACCGAACGUCUGUGGCAGUCCCUCAGCAAUACACCAUCUACUCGAUCGAUUUGCAAAAUCAGCGAUUGAAAGCUACGCUCGCGGCGACCCGACUGCUGAUCACCUCAUGACCCUGACCAAGGUCAAUGUCUUUCGAGCUUUCGCCCAAAAUAUAAAGAUGAUCGGUUGGUCGGAGACCUGGUGGCCCGACGAUGCUGUUUCAAAAUUCAGCACGGCACUACCGCAAGACUCGCAAACCCCAGAUCAACUAAGUCGGAUUCCCCAGAACCUUCAGCCUACCCGGGUCCAAAAAACCAAACCUCAUCAUCCAUGGCUCGAUUUCUUCCCAUUACCGAAAAUGCGCGAUAAUCUGAUCGAAGCAGGAGAAGAGUGGGAUGAUGAACAACUUUGUCAUGAUAUCAUGGGAUUCUGGGGGGAAUCAAGUAUAGACGCUGGGUUACUGGUGUGGGGGAGCCUUCGGAUGUGCGCAAUUGGGAGGUCACCGAGGCAUUCAUUAAGAAGUGGCAGUGGGUCAUUCGGGGUUGUCCUGAAUUGA